UUUAAAAGGCAUUAAAACUAAAACUUAAAUAUUCAAGCGGAAGAUUAUAAUGUUUAUAGGCAAAAUUAGUCUAAUAGGACUUAUAUUUCUAGCAAAUUUUUCAUUAAAUGCAGCUGAAGGCGGGUACUUGAGUUAUGGACCCCAAUACAAGGCUACAGUAGGUGAAGUUUGGCCGAAACCGUACUGGCAAGAUGAUGGAAAUACAUACUCAGCCGUUGAUCCCAAUAACUUUCAAUUUGUGAUUGUGAAUAAAAAUUGUGACAUCUUACAAGAGGCCAUCACACGUUAUACCAAAAUCAUCAAAGACUCAGCACAAGGCUACAGCCGGGCACCGGCGACGACGACGACCGGCACAAUUACACAGUUUCGCGUUAAUUUGACAGUCGUUUGCGAAACGUUGCCAUACUUGGGCAUGGAUGAGUCAUAUUUUGUUCACGGUGAUGGACGAGUGAUUGCUAAUUCAAUUUGGGGUAUAUUGCAUGGCUUGGAGACAUUAUCACAAUUGCUGGUGCCCAUGCCAAAUGGCUUGCUGCGAAUAGUUGCCACGGAAAUAUAUGACCAACCGCGUUUUAAAUAUCGUGGCCUUAUGUUGGAUUCAGCACGUCAUUUCAUUAGCAAAACUAAAAUCCUUAAACUUAUUGAUGGCAUGGCUUAUAACAAAUUAAAUACUUUUCAUUGGCAUAUUACGGACGAUUCAGCAUUUCCUUAUAAAUCGAAUGUGUUCCCUGAACUAGCAGCACAAGGUGCUUAUAGAUCUGAUUUAACAUACACUAUCACUGAUGUGACUGAAGUUGUGGAAUAUGCUAGAAAGCGUGGUAUACGUGUGAUACCAGAAUUCGAUACACCAGCACAUACUGCUUCCUGGGGUGCUUCACACCCUGAAUUAAUGACAGAAUGUUUUGGACAAUAUGCUGGUCAGUUGGGUCCGUUUAAUCCCACGAAAGACAGUACAUUUAACUUUUUAAAUACUUUUUUCACUGAAAUACGUAAUAUAUUCCCGGAUAAUUAUAUACAUUUGGGUGUAGAUGAAGUGGCUUCCGGUUGUUGGGAAACGAAUCCCCAAAUACAAACCUACUUGGCUGCUAAUAAUUUAGAUAAUGUUGAUUUGCCAUAUAUGUACCUAGAAAGGUUUACAGCUGAUAUGUCAGCCAAACGUUGGAAGCAAAUGGUCUGGCAAGAGGCUAUGAUAGAGAAUUCCUGGAUGUCUUGGCCCACUGGCACUAUCGCCCAAAUUUGGUUCGAUUAUAAAGCAACAAUGGCCACAUUAACUAGUCGUGGUUAUGAUGUGAUUAUGAGCGACGGUUGGUAUUUGUAUGAUAUAGCGACAGGACCUGACUGGGAAAAAUUUUACACCAUAGAACCCACCGAUUUUACUGGCACAAAUCAACAAAAAAAACGUGUUAUCGGAGGUGAAGCUUGUUUAUGGAGCGAAUGGAUAAACGAACACAAUGUGUUACCGACCACUUUUCCGAGAGUAAGCGCAGUAGCUGAGCGUUUAUGGUCCGAGCAGCCACAUAGAAAUGUAGAAGAAGCACGCUUACGUUUAGAAGAACACAAUUGUCGCAUGAUAUAUAGAGGAGUAGAGGCAAGGCCCGCCAAUGGUUUUGGUCUUUGCUAAAUAAUUACAGUAAGGAAUCACACCAAAAGUUGAAUAUAAUGAAAGAAAAGAAUAAUUGUGAGCAAAUUACAAAUUUGAAUAAAAAUUUCAAAAUAUA